AUGCACUUUGACAGCUCCAAGAUGCCCACCGGCCUGGGAGCCGGCAUCGUGCUCUCGUCUUCCAAUGGCAACCGGCUGCGGUACGCGCUGCAGAUCCACUUCGUCGCCUCCAACAACGUUGCCGAGUACGAGGUAUUGGUCCACGGCCUCCGGCUGGCCAAAGAGAUCGGCAUCCGGCGCAUCCUUUGCUGCGGUGACUCGGACCUGGUGGUGCAGCAAGCUUCCAGCAAGUGGGACGCCAGGGACGCCAACAUGGCCAGCUACCGUUUCCUGGUCCAACGGCUGUCCGGUGGCUUCGAUGGCUGCGAGUUUCUCCACGUCCCCCGAGCGGACAACGAGGUGGUGGACAUGUUGGCCAAGAUAGCCUCUUUGCGGCAAGCAAUCCCGUCUGAAGUCUGCCUCGAGCGCCUGCAGAAAGCUUCCAUCAAGCCAUCUUUGGACUCGGACUCCAUCUUCGUCCUGGCCGACCAGGGGGUUCCCUUGCCCAGCGCGGGGCUGACGGCUCUGGUCCCGGCCCUGGAGCUGCUGACCUCAGCCCGACCCUGGGGGCUGCCGGCUCUCCCACCAAAGUUGUCAUGGGCCCAUCCCGUCCUCACCUUUCUCGAAAGCGGCGAGCUCCCGGCCAACGAAGUCGAAGCCCAGCUAGUGCAGUGCCGGGCCUCAUCCUACACCAUCAUCAACAACGAGCUCGUCAAGCGCAGCACAACUGGCGUUUUCCAGCGCUGUGUCGAGCCGGACAAGGGGCUCGAGAUCCUCCUUGACAUCCACCAAGGCGAGUGCGGGCACCAUGCUGCCUCCAGAGCCCUAGUGGCCAAAGCUUUCCGCCACGGUUCCUUCUGGCCCAUGGCCUUGGAAGAUGCCGAGCAGCUAGUCCUCAAGUGCGAGGGUUGUCAACGCUUCAGCAAGAGCAGCCACCAGCCGGCCACAACCCUCCAGACCAUCCCCAUCACAUGGCCAUUUGCCGUUUGGGGCCUCGACAUGGUAGGGCCGUUCAAGACCGCGCAAGGCGGCAUGACACACCUCUUGGUAGCCGUGGACAAGUUCACCAAGUGUAUUGAGGCGCGACAGAUCAAGAAGCUCAAAGGGCCCACGACCGUCAGAUUCAUCAAGGAUAUCGCGGUUUGCUACGGCGUCCCCCACAACAUCAUCACCGACAAUGGCACGAACUUCGCCAAGGGCGCCCUGGCCCAGUACUGCUCAGCGUCCGGCAUCCGGCUUAACCUGGCCCCCAUUGCACACCCCCAGUCAAACAACCAGGUCGAGCGGGCCAACGGCCUGAUUCUGGCCGGCAUUAAGCCGCGACUCGUUGAGCCGCUAGUGCGGUCACCCGGCAGCUGGCUUGACGAGCUGUCAGCCGACCUCUAG